ACAUGCGAGGCUCCCCCUGCUGAUGCGGAUCUACUCAUGUAUUUUUCUGCAUGCAUGAUGUUGGUGAGCAGCAGCCGAGCAGAUCCAUGUUUUCCUCCGAUCACGUGUACCGGUUGCUCGGCCGCGCCCGUCAAGCUGUCGCUGAAACGUACAGAGCUUAUUAUGGGAGCUGCUCCUGCUGUCCUAUAUCAGCAGCAGCCAGCAUUUCUCCAGUCAUCCCCAGCCAUGGCUCCGAGUGAACGCUGCCUUCUCCAUCUGCACUGCACACAGUCCGCAGGAAAGUGCUGCUUCUGAAGCUCCUGUGCCACAGGGGACUGAUUUGCUUCAGAAUGAAACGAGGAAGAACAGGUCUCAAAUCCAUCUGCCAGACCUUCCCCUCCCAUGAGGAGAAGGUAAAGAGACAGAAGUGGGCGCCGUCCAGUUUCUCUCUGACCCCGAUGCAGGACUGGGGUAACCUGCCACACCACAUCAUCCUGCAGAUCUUCCAGCAUCUGUCCCUGGUGGACCGGGCCAGAGCCUCGUCAGUCUGUCGGUGCUGGAAUGACGUCUUUCACACCCCUGACCUGUGGAGGAGAUUUGAGUUUGAGCUCAAUCAGCCGGCCACGUCUUACCUGCGCUCCACUCACCCUGACCUCAUUCAGCAGAUCAUCAAGAAGCACGCCCAACACCUGCAGUACGUCAGCUUCAAAGUGGACAGCUGCACAGAAUCUGCAGAGGCGGCCUGUGACAUUCUCUCUCAGCUGGUGAACUGUACCAUUAAGACCCUGGGGCUGAUUUCCACAGCGCGGCCCAGCUUCAUGGAUGUAUCCCAGGCCCACUUUGUGUCUGCACUGACAGUGGUGUUUGUCAACUCCAAGUCUCUGUCCUCUAUCAAGAUUGAUGACACUCCUGUGGACGAUCCGUCCCUGAAGGUGCUGGUUGCCAACAACAGCGACACCCUUAAGUUACUGAAGAUGAGCAGCUGUCCUCAUGUCUCCCCAGCAGGUAUUUUGUGCGUGGCAGACCAGUGCCACGGCCUCAGGGAGCUGGCGUUAAACUACCAUCUCCUGAGCGAUGAGCUCCUCCUCGCCCUGUCGACUGAAAAGCACGUCCACUUGGAGCACCUGCGCAUUGACGUGGUGAGCGAGAACCCCGGACAGACACACUUUCACACCAUCAAGAGGAGCAGCUGGGAGGCGUUGGUCCGACACUCGCCUAAGGUCAACAUCGUCAUGUACUUCUUCCUGUACGAGGAGGAAUUCGAGCCCUUCUUCUGUGAGGAGACCCCGGUCACCCAUCUGUACUUUGGACGGGCAGUCAGCAAGGAGAUGCUGGGUCGCAUCGGGCUGAACUGCCCUCGCCUGGUGGAGCUGGUCGUGUGUGCCAAUGGCCUGGAGCCCCUGGAUGAGGAGCUGAUCCGCAUUGCACAGCGCUGCAAAAGCCUGACAGCCAUCGGGCUGGGCGAGUGCGAGGUGACCUGCAGCGGCUUUGUGGAGUUUGUGAAAAUGUGCGGUGGCAGGCUGACUCAGCUGUCCAUCAUGGAGGAGGUGCUGAUCCCAGACAGCAGCUACAACUUGGAGCAGAUCCACAGUGAGGUGUCCAAGCACCUUGGCCGCAUGUGGUUCCCUGAUAUGAUGCCCACCUGGUAGGCGGACAUGAAGCCAGAGUGGAGGGCUGUUGAUGAAACACAAGUCUAAAGACUGAGAACAAGGUCGACUUUAACACUGGUUAAAGUUUUACCUGAUGUUCUUGUUCCACUUUCGAGAAGAUUGGAAGUUUCUGAUGCUGUCUCCUGUAAUUAUACCUGCAGUCAGUUUGAUGUAAGAAGACUUUGACAAACUGGUUUAUCUAUUUCCAUCUAUCGUCUUUGUUCUAUGCACUGAUGUUGUGAUGUAAAUUUUUGGAUGUUGGUGUUUCUUACAUACUGGAAAUGAUGAGCUGCAGUUACCCUCAACCCACUAAGGAUGUGGAUCUGCCAUCUGCUGGUUGCUUAUGGUUACUUCAUCAAAUGUUGUUUUUCUCCCUGUACUCUUCAGAAUAGUCUCAAAAACAACUUGCUUGAGUUAGUGCUUUUCCCAGCGUGCACCUCGCUCAGGCUCAAGUUAGGAGAACUAAGUGAUACCGAUGCAGAACACACAGUUCUGGUUGAGUCACUCCUCUUAGUAAAACACAGUGGAUAUUUGUGUCUAUUAAAGAUACAUCUCAAAGUGCAACACUUUGAGUCAGCAAUUUUAAUUGCUUGAACAUCAGUUAUUCAGUUUAAUGGGCUGAAUUCAGCUUUAGAUGUUGUGGUUUUGUUAUUCUACUGAGACAUGCACUGAUUUUAUCUGUCUGGUUCCUUUAAUUUUCCUUUUUAUUUGCUGUUUUUUUUUUUUUUUUUUAAAAUAAUUUUAAUCUUACAGUAAUUUGAUGAGAAUCUGUUGCUGCUGCACUGGAGAGGAUGCCUACAUUUAUCCUCAAGAUUAAGACAAACCAAAUCUACAUAACAAAAUUCAGUUUUGUGAUACAAUGAACAUCAUCUGUAGUUAGGAAUAGUAAAACCAGUUUUUUAAGGAGUUCAGGUAUACAUUUUUUAAUAUUAUAUAAUAUUAUUUAAUUUUUACUGUGAUAUAUUUUUACUUUGUGAUACAAUUUUCCUUUGUGCAAAAUAACACAUUUAACAAGACAGGCCCACAGUAUUCAGUGCCACACUGUACCAUAUGAUGAAUUAAUACAGCUGUAAAGACCUGCAUUGUUUUUGUUAAUUUGUCACAUCACUGUCAAUUAUUUAUCCCGUCUGUUUACAUGUUUUUUUAAAUUGAUGUGCAGCAGUUAUAUGCUAGCUCAGGUACGGAAGAAAUGUGCUUAAUUGCAACUGCUACUUCUUCUUCUUAUGCUAUGUUUAAUUCUUAAUAAAAAGUAAAGGUGUUUACAUGA